AACCGUGUCGCCCGUCAGUCGGAACACCUCGACUGUUCUCGUUUGACGACGGAUUAGAGGAGUUGAGGUAUUCCGGUUGCAAAGUAAACUUGUCUAGAGCAGGUAGACUUCACCAUUAUACACCAUGGCGUCCUUUACUCUCACCUGUGCCCUGAUGUUGAUUAGCGUCCAGCUGCAUUAUACAGACGCAGCAUGUACACCAGUGAACCUCACAGCAACAGAAACACAGCAGUCUAUAGGGUCUCCCAACUUCCCACAGCGUUAUGGAAGUAAUGAAACCUGUUCAUGGACAAUAACCGCUUCAACUGCUAACCAGGUAGUUCACGUCAUGAGCGUAGACGUGGACCUCCACGACGACGGAUCCUGCUCGGACAAGAUCAUGUUUUAUGAUGGCCAGAGCACAACUGCUACAGUACUUAAGACCACGUGUGGCGAGCAGAAGGUGAUGUUGCAGUCGACAGGGGUGACAAUGUACAUCCUCUUCACUUCGGACGGCAUGCGGGAGGACAAGGGCUUCUACCUGAAGAUAUGGUCAGCACCACAGUACGCGACGGACUGCUCACAAACUACCAUCAGUGUUGGCACCAAUCCAGUGUUUCUACCCAUGCCUCCAAUGAACGGCAACAUGGUUGUGAGCACUUGUAACUACACGCUGACUGCCACCAGUGGAUUCGUCAAUGUGGAUCUGCCUGGCUGGAUGGAGUCAGAAGCUCUGGCAUGUGGGACUGGAUCCAUGAAGGUUUAUGACGGUGACGGAAAUGACAGGGUUAUGAUGAUUGACAGCUGCGGAAGUGAACGGCCGUUCUGGUCCCUCGACAGCAGUGGACAGAGCCUGACAAUUGAGAUCAGCACCACAUACAAGGGGGCAAAGCCCAAGCAGUUCAUGCUGAAGGCCAUCAGCAUGCGAAUGACAGUACCCGACUGUGCCGCUGUGGCCAACUUCCCGAUAGGACCAAUGUCGUCGUAUAUUUGGUAUCCCAACUUCAUGAGAGCUUCAGGGGUAUACUGUGACAAGACCCUGCUGGCACCAGGCACUACGGUUCGGGUCACUGUCAUCAGCAACACAACAGGACUAGACGUCCCGUGUAACAGUCCAUUCCCUGUUGAAGUACUGGAAGGUGCGACAGGGACGACAAACAUCUCCAAGACCUGCAUGCCCAAACCCAUGUUUUUGAGUACCGGGCCUGACCUCAGGCUGAGAACUGUGUCAUCUGAGAGAUUCCUUCUCAGGGUUGCUUCAUUUGCCUCACAGUGUAACGGAAUGUUUAUGAAAAUGGCGGCCGACAAUGGUACUGCAAAGACAGCAGAACAUGAGGACAUUCAGAGGAACUCCAUGUGCAUGUACCGAGUGAUGGCGCCCAGUGACGAUGAGGUGGUAAACGUUCACAUAGAGUCAACCCUGAUGGACAUGGCCGACUGUGUCACAGUAUAUGAUGGAGAAGACAAAGCAUCACCAAUGGAAAAGAUGUGUGGGGCAUUCAAGAAAAUGUUUUCCAGCACUGGUCGAUAUCUGUCUUACGAAAUCAUGACAGAUAACAAAAUGAUGAAGGGAAAGGUCAUUGUGAAAUACUUCUCUGUAAGAAAGGAAGGAGGCUGUCCUAAAAUGAUGAACAUCUUGGCUAAGAGAGAAAAGGUCAUCUUGACAUCACCUAACUUCCCUAUGCAAUACCCACUCGCCUCGAUGUGCUCGUGGAGGUUCGUGUCAUAUCGCCCGGAUUACGUCGUGGUCAUUGAGGUACUAGAAUCUAACUUGCCUGACAACUGUGACGACUUCGCCUUCGUCAAUGAUGGUGAGAGCCACGACACUGAAAGAAUUGGCGAGUGGUGUGGAAAGAGGAAACCAACGUAUCGCGGCACUGGCCAGGUGCUGAUGCUCACCUUCAAGGCUGACGACAUGAACAUGAAGAUGACUGGUGGGGACGGCAACAUGGAUAUGAUGGCAAACAAAGGCUUCAGGUUCCAAUACUAUGCCGACACGCUUGUACCACGGGAGAUUGAACAAGGUACAGACGUUCUGACAAUUGCUGGCGUUCUGUCCAUCAUCGUGGUUGCCUGUGGGAUCAUCUUCAUAACAUACCGCCUAUGUAAUGAAAGAAGAGCAGCCAAGAAAAAGGAAGACCAAGAGCCAAUCACUCAUUAAUUAGUACUAUUUGAUAAUUAAUUGCUUCUUUAGACACUCAAAAUCUAACAUUACCGUUUCAUCGCUUUCAGGGUGCUGUUGUACAAAGCAACCUUAGCACUACUCCUGUCGAAAGUCUCUGUUGAGGAAUGGGAGUUACGAUCACCUUAGGCCCUAAGAUCGCUUUGUACAAAGGCAAAAGCUCUUGUAGCUCUACGACUGUCGUAGUUAAUGUUACAGUAUAGGAAGUACGUAUGCUACGAGAAAAGUUACGAUAUCUUAGCUUACGAGACCUUUGUGUAACGGGACCCUCUGUUAGUAGAUACAAAUAAAAUUAAGUAAGGUCUUAAGCCCGAGUCUUAGCCACUAAAUGACCACAUCCCACGUCAGAAUACAACCGACAUUGAAACUGAGCCCCUUCCCUUGUAAAGUUAAUGCUGAAUAUUCUUUAAUCGCAAGUGGCACAUCUAGCCACGCCCUAAUACUGUAAUACUAGGCAUGGUUCUCUCAGUACUUCGAUACUGCCAAGUAAGAGACAAGAUUCGACACAUAAGAUAGCUCAGUGGACAAUGUUAAUGUUGAUGCUAUUUUUAGAGUAUCCUAAAAUUGUUAUUCUGACAAUCUCCGCUACUAUGAUAUUUUAUGUUUAGCAUUUAAGGUGAGAUGUUAUUUUAUUGUGGGUGUCGCGAGGAGCGACUGUCUCAGUUGUCUCCCCCUAACAACACUCAAAGCGUUUCAGUUUUCUGUUAGAUGCUUCUUGUAGCAAGUUUCCUUUUACACUUGUCCGAGUUUUUUUCCCCAAUGUAUUUUUACAACUAGUUGCUUCCAUCAAACUUUUAGUGUUAUGACAUCACUUUUGGUAACCAUGGGAACAAACCAUGUCAGACACAUACUGAUUCAAAGAUCGGAAACGACAAACUGACUUGGCUUCGCAACCGUGUUCACUCGGGAAAGAGCCACAGGGGCUUGUGUGUCCUAGGUCCAACACUCGUUCACUGAUAGCCAUCUACAUAUAAAUAAAAUUCUAUCAUAACUAAAGUAAAUACUGGAUUGUGAUUGGUUAAUUAAAGUCAUUCAGAGGUAUAUAACCACGUUAUAUACCUCUGAUUUUCCAACACACUAUGUAUGUAUCUUUUUAAAAUCUUCAUAACGCGGUUAUGGUAGAAUGGAGAUGGACAUACUGUUUUGGAAAAUUUGAACGCGUAGCGUGAGGUUUUAAAUAAAAACUUUACAGGUAUUAUAAUUCCGUUACAUACCUCUGAUUUUGCAACACAGAAUGUUUAUCUCCUAAUUAUUUAUAUGUAGGUGGCUAUCAGUGAACGAGUGUUGGACCUAGGACGUAUUAUUUUCAGCAAUACAAGCCCCAGUGAUUAUAUCGGAUUAUGUGCACAAACGCCUGGAUGAUAUGUUUUUAUUGGACAUCAAGUUUUGUGAAAUAAAUUUAUAUUUUACAUAGUAUGUAAUCUCAAUAACCAGACACAGAGAUUAAUUUUAUAUAUAUAUUACUGUUUAUUGUUCCCUAUGUAACAAUGUGAUACUGUUUUCUUUCAACUACUUGAGAGGAGCCUUCACAAGUGUAUUUACCACUUUUACUUGUCUUUAUCGGAUGUAGAAUUGAUUAGUAGCUUAGUGUCAGUUUACAGAAAUAAAUUUUGUAUUUU